AUGAAUUUUAUUUUUUACUUCUAUUUAUUACAAAAUGUGUUAAAUACUUAAAUUAAAAGGCCUUAAGUAUCUAUAUUGAAUGAAACUCUAACACCAAGCAAUUAUAACUUAGAAUCUUAAAAAGAGAUUGAAAUUCUAUAUGGAAAUAUUCUUGACAUGUUUUCAAUAAAUUUACAUAAAAGAAUAAGUGGGAAAGUUAAUAAUGUUAAUUUUUCUUUGGGGGAAUUUGAAAAAGUUGAUCCUUCUAAAAUUGAAGAUUGCAAAAUUAUUCAAAGAGAUGUAGAAAUAAGAAGGAAAUUAAAACUUUGGAUCGACAAAACAGGGAUCACAGAAGGAGUCUAUAUCACAGAUAUUGCAAUUUCUGAAUAAUAUAGCUAAGCUUUCAUAGUUAGGAAUGAUUUCAAAUUAUUUCAAUUGAAUUUUAAUUCAUCGGCAUAUGGAAUUUAUUUAAGAACAUUUGAUUAUUCUUUCUACGAUAUUUUGAAUCUUAACGAGAUCGAAUUGGAUGAUACUCCUUAAUUAAUAAUUGAUGAUCAAUCUAAUAAAGCCUACAUUUUCACUCAAAGUGGAGGUGUUAGUUUUCAAUUUGAUUUUGAGGCUCAGAAAGAAAUUUAAAUUAAUUUAGAAGAUCAAAUUUAAUAAAGGCAUAAAAUAUUUUGUGUUCAUUACAAUGAGAAACAUCGUUUAGUAUUUGUAGCAACAGGUCAUUAAGGAGUUGAUGUUUAUAAAUUAUCAAAUGGAACUAUAAUGUUAAAGCCUAGUAUAAAUUCCUUAUUUUUAAACUACGCCUAAAUAAUAGAUAUAAAAAGUGAUGGUGGAGAUAACUUAUAUAUCCUAGAUAGAGAAUAAGGAUUAAUAUUUUGUUUAAUAAUAGAUGAGUAUGAAUAUGAAUAUCAAUUUCUAAUUAAUAUCCCUGAUGCUAAAAGUUUUGAUUUUAACAACAAUACAUUUUUUGUAGUUGCAAAAACAAGUAACAAACAAGAUUACGCUUUGGAGAUUUUAGUUAAUUUAUAAGCCAAGCAAUAUUACAUCAACAAUCAUUAUUUUGAUGAUAUGAUUAUAAAUGAGGUUAGCGUUUUAAAUUAUUAUGCUAUUCUAAUAGGACAAAAUGAUCAUAAAAUUGUAUAGCAUUCAAUAUACUCAGGUUUCAUUGAAUCAAAGGUUAUCUCUCAUAAAUCCUUUUACGAACCCCAGUUAAUCAAAACAAAGAAAUUCAAAUAAAAUAAUUUAGAUUUUUCCAAUUUAUAAAGUGUAGCUGUUAUUGGAAGAUAGGAAUUUUAAAUUUUAAAUUUAAUUAUAAGUGUUCCAAGUAUAAAAUGCCAAAAGAGUGAAAAAUUGCAGAGUUAAUUCCUUGUCGAUAUUAGUUCGACAAGAUGUACACAUGAUCAAAUAGAAACAACAACUUAGGGAUAGUUAACAUUGUGUAAGAUUUAACAUUCAUUUACAAUAUAAAAUUAAGUUUUAGGAUAGUCAGAAGUGAAGAAUGUUUUGAAUAUAAUAAUCUGUUGGUUUAUUGCGUUAAUUUUCUACUUGAGAUACUUUGAAAGGAGAAGACAAUUUACUGGUUUAAAAAUGGGGCAUAAUUUCAACUAGAUAGAUGGCAUUGAUUUAGAGAUGGUCGAAUAAAAUCAGUUAAUAUCAUGA